AACCUAUAAUCCCAUUCUUUCUCUUUCUGGAAGAAACGAAACCUAUGGCGAUGCGAUCUGCAGCGAUCCCUCGAGCUUUUAUCUCACGCGUUAUGGAAGCUUCUAGAAGGACCUCUCGCUACUUCAGCGAUGGAACGGGCAGGGUUCUUGGCGAGGAAGAAAAAGCUGCUGAAAACGUCUACAUCCAGAAAAAGGAGAGAGAGAGGUUGGAGAAGCUGAGGCUGAAGAUGGAGAAGGAGAAAGGAACCUCGGAGAAGGAGAAACCUGAGAAGAAAGCUGAAGAUGAAGUCCACAAAGGUUGAUCGCUGUUGGUUCCCAGUACUGAUGAGGAACAAAUAAAAUGUAUAUAGAUCUUGGAUAGGAGACUUCUGCAGGUUUGGUGUUCUUUGUUCAUAAAGAGUGGAUGCAUGGUGAUGGGUUUCUUCUUUUUCUAUGAAAGAGCAGUUACCUUCCUUACCAUGCUA